UUUUUAACUGUUUGUAAGUGCCAGCUGAUAAUGCCCCGAAUUUAUUCAUUCCAAUGAAUCAUGGAAAAAUUCGAGUUUGAUCAUCGACAAGCAAUCGAUUUAUUAGUUAAAUCGGCUAUUCAUUUACAGCUACAUGCAGAUACCAUUUGUUCAGCUUGUCGAUAUAUACAUCAUUUUAAUGAAUUUCUCGAUAAAAAUCUAUCAACCAUCGAAGAUGAAGGUUCAAAAUAUGAUAUUGGUGUUGUUGUCACUGCCUCAUUAUACAUUGCAACGAAAACAAAAGAAAAUCAUACACCGCUAUCAGAAUUGAUUUCAUCGGUGCAUUUUCAUCUAAAAGUCGAGAAUAAUCAAAUUGAUUACAAAUCUUAUAAAUUAUUACCAAAAGAUUUUGAUUAUUGGAAAUUACGUGAUUCAGUUACCUAUUUUGAGCUGUUAAUGUUGCGAAUUUUACGAUUUGACCUAAUCAUUGAUUCACCUCAUAAAUAUCUUAUAUUCUAUCUAAAAACACUAAGCAAUUGGGUGAAUGACAAUGAAAACAUUGAAAGACUAUUCACACUUUCAUGGUCAAUGUUGAAUGAUUAUUGUUGCUAUCAUCCACAAUCAUUACAAUGGCCAGCCCAUCAUACAGCUUUGGCAACCAUUGAAUUGGCGAUUGAGAUUUCAUGUCCUAAAAUGAAAACAAUUCUUCAACCAACAUCAAGCUGCAAUGAUGAUAGAGAAUCUAAACAUAAUUCAUGGUAUACAAAUUUCGAUCAAAAACUUAAAAGUGAUACAGUCACUCAAAUCAUCAAUCAAUUGCUUGAAAUCAAUUUGAAUGAUGAAACUAAAAAAAUAUCAAGCAGCAAUAUAAAAUAGAAAAAAUAAUUAACCCUUGUCUUUGCCAAUCCAAUAAUACUAAAUGAUGAAUGAAUAAAACGUAUAGCCAUACGAAUGAUGCAUCCACAAUGA